AUGGUCAAGACAGAAAACAAAGUCCAGCCAGAGCCAUCAAAGCCAACGUUGAGACCUUUACCUUCAUCACCGGCAUCAAAUGAGAAUAAGAAGAAGAAAUACAAAGGGGUGAGAAUGAGGAGUUGGGGUUCCUGGGUAUCAGAAAUUAGAGCACCAAACCAAAAAACAAGAAUAUGGUUGGGAUCUUAUUCAACUGCUGAAGCAGCAGCAAGAGCCUAUGAUGCUGCACUUCUAUGCCUUAAAGGUUCCUCAGCAAACCUGAACUUCCCUUCAAGUUCUUCUCAUUACAUUCCUCAGGAAACUGUUAUGUCCCCCAAAUCCAUCCAAAGAGUGGCUGCAGCUGCUGCUAAUAGUUUUGUGGACAACAACAAUAAUGCUAUUGCUAGCACCCCACCUUCUCCACCUCUUGCUUCAACCUCAUCUUCUUCAUUGGUCUCAUCCCCUUCAUUGUCUUCUUCUCCUUCAGAUCAUAUAGAAGAUGAUGUUUCACUGCUUUCACCUUUUGAGGCCUACACUACUACUAGCUGUGAACAACCACAUGCAUCAAUGGCUAUGAUGGAAUCUUGGUAUGGCCUUGAUGGCUUACAAUCACCAAAAUAUGUCGAUCAAAUGCUAAGUGGGGCAUUUUUUGAUAUUGAUUCAACACAGCUGCUUGAUGAUCUGUAUGAAGAAAGUGGUGACAUUCGUUUGUGGAGUUUCUGCUAA